UAUUAAAAAGAAAAUUAGAACAAAUUAAUUAAGUUAUUUAAUUCCUAAUAAAUGGAAAAGGGGUCGAUAAAAAACUAUCAUAAUUACUGUGAUUUAAGCUUUUGAGUGGAGGAAAUUGUGACAUUUCAUCCUUAAUUAAAAUUGCCACAAACGUGAAUCUGUUAAAGAUAUGAAUGAUUAAUAUCUUAUAACCUUCGCCGAAUGUGCUUUUCGGCUAUGAUGCUCGAAAAACGUAUAUAUUGAAAACAAGCCUAUAAAACAGAUAACACACGUGUGCCAGUGCCAGUGUGUGUGAAUAUGCCUUAACAGCUCUAGGAGUGAACAUACCAUGUGGUGGAUCUUAUGGGUAAUAUUAACUAUCUUGGUUUGCGUGGAGUGGUUGGUGAAGUGUAAAGAAUUUCAAAUUAUACCCGGACCAAAAGGAAUUUAUAUACUUCAUAAUGCACUCGAUGUCAUUAUUGAACCAGCGAAACUGUUUUCAUAUUUAAGAACCUGGGCCAAUACUUAUAAAAGCCUCUUUAGAUUACAAUUAGGACCAGUUAAGGUUAUACUUAUUCAUAAUCCCGAAGAUAUAGAGAAAGUGAUAAAUGGAACAAAAUAUACCACUAAAGGAUUCCUUUACUACUUUAUCCAGCCCUGGUUAAAGGAAGGCAUACUUACUAGCAAAGGUAAAAAAUGGCACGCGCGAAGAAAAAUGAUAACACCGACGUUCCAUUUUAAUAUAUUGAAUAAUUUUAAGCGAAUCAUGGAACAUAAUGUUGAAAAACUCACUGACCACUUGGGAAGUGAAGUUAAUAAGCCAUACACAGAUGUUUCAGAGUUCUUACACGACUUUACUCUUCAUACUAUAUGUGAAACAGCGAUGUCUAUCAAAUUAGACGAAAAAAGCAGCGAUUUUAAUGAGUUCAAGGAGAAUAUACACAAAUUAAUACAUUACGCUGUAUACAGGGCUCAGAGGGUAUGGAUGUAUCCAGAUUUUAUUUUUAACUUAACGAAUUUGGGUCGAAAGCAACGAAAAGCUUUGGACAUUCUAGAGUCAUUCAGAUCUCAAGUAGUAAAAAAGCGGCGUGAAUGUAAAACUGAAGAUGUAUGGAUAAAUGAUGAUGAACAGUCGUCAAAGAGGAGAUUGGGGCUGCUGGAUAUUUUAUUACAAGCUGAGAAAGACGGCCUAAUUGAUAAUCAUGGAAUUUGUGAAGAAGUCGACACUUUCUUGUUUGGGGGCUACGACACAACUGCGAUUGCUUUAAAAUUUAUUAUUUUGCUACUGGCCAAUCAUAAAGACGUUCAGGAUAAAAUUAUAGAAGAAUUUAACACCAUAGUGGGCUCUUCAAAAGGUGAAAUUACAAUGGCAGACUUGGCAGAAAUGAAAUACUUGGAUUGUUGUAUAAAAGAGACUAUGAGAUUAUAUCCACCAAUACCAGCUAUUACCAGAAAUAUUGAUGAACCAUUGAACCUUCGGGGUUAUGAAAUCCCAACUGGAACGGAAGCUGUCAUUUUAAUAUACGACCUGCAUCGACGUGCGGAUCAGUUCGUUGAACCUUUGGCGUUCAAACCCGAAAGGUUUUUAGCCGAACCAACUUGGCACACCUACUCCUAUAUUCCAUUCAGCGCUGGCGCCAGAAAUUGUAUAGGACGUAAAUUUGCAAUGAUCGAAAUGAAGCUGGUCGUACUGUCAUUGCUACGACGAUUCCACCUUUUACCAGUCACAAAAACCGAAGACCUUGUAUUUGCUACGGACUAUGUUCUACAAACGACGCAACCAAUUUACGUCAAAUUUCAGGAUCGAUAUAAGGAAGCACACUAAAGUAAAUUAAAUGUCGGCUAGUUAUGUUUCACUUAAAUUUUAAUUAUUAUUAUAUAUUUGUUAUAUGAGUACAAUGUUUUUUCCUUCGAGUCAAAUUACGCUCAGCAUUUUUUAGCUUAAACAUUUAUUGUUUAGUUGUUUAAUCUAGAUAACGACGGAGUUCCGUGCUACCAUUACAAAUAUGGUUAAAAAAAAUGAGGUCCUAUUUAAGAAUUUCCGUUUGUCGCUUUAUGAGUAGAUUGGCCAAUUUUUAUUUGUUGCGUUCGUGAGUAAGAAAAACGAAUUAAAAUUUUUAGAUUGGUUAAAACAUGCCUCAUACGCCUUUACUUAGCUUCACUUAACCAAUAAAAAGAAAAAACUUCGUAACAACAUUUUAAAUAAACAAAUUAUAUUAUUAAUUAAUUAGCCAUUGAACUGCACUUGUAUUGUAUUUUAUUUGUAUGGAUUAUGCUUUAAGUGCUAGGUCACACAAUAUCCUAGAAUAUCCAUAAAAAAUAUAUUGUUGGACAAGUAAAAUACUUUUUACCCUAUUUAUGAUAAUAAAAACACAUUGAUAAUGUAGGUACUGACAAUUAAUGGCUUUUCGUCUAACUUUAUGACUGCCAUUAGACUGGAUUAUAUAGAUUA